AUGUCAGCAAGAUCGCAGAAUGGACAGGCUUCAGAGGGUACUGUGAAGCCAAGUGACCAAAAAGAGACUCUGAAGACGAAAGAAAGAAAAAGUUCAGUCCGAUGGUCCAUAGGUUUGAUCGUACGUCUAUGCAUCUGGUACACACUCCUGACGCCAUUUCUACGGUGCCCAUCGAACCUCUCAAACUUGCAUGAUGCCUCACCGAGAGUCUGCAAGCCUUACCUCAUUGCUCGAUCGCACGUUGAUCCCUACGUCACGCCCUAUUAUGAUACAUACGCUGCUCCUUACGUUAACCAAGCCCGUCCGUAUGUCGAGGUUUUCAACCAGAAAGUUUAUCAACCCGUGUUGAAGACUAGUCGGACAAGCUAUGAAAAGUACGGAGCCUCGGUAUUGCAACAAGCACAGGAAUAUGGUGCAUUUCAAUGGAACGCUCAGGUUUCGCCCCGUAUGCAGAUUGUGCAGGAUAAAGCGUAUCAGCUCUACCUGGUGAAAGUAGAUCCAUAUAUCAAGAAUGGUGUUGCGAUCGUUGAGCCUUACUAUCAACUAGCCCAGAAAACUGCCAUCACUGUGUACUGGGACCACCUGGUUCCCUUCUACACUCGAUCCCAGCCAUUCAUUGGGAAAACAUACAGUACAGGACACAAAGUUUUGACUACUCAUGUCUUGCCUAGUGCCCAUUAUACGUGGUCGUCUGUUAUCUACUUUGCCAAUAGCUCUCUAUGGCCGCAUGUGACGGGACUCUACUCGGAGCAGGUUGAACCUCAGCUGGUCAAGAUUGGACAGCGAUUGGCUAGUUAUAGAGAGGGAAGACGACUUCGAGGUGUUGUCGAAGACAUUGAUAGUACCUUAUCAGAGCAGUCUUCGACAGCAAGCUCCAGCUCCGAGAAAAGCAUCCUGAUUUCCAGCGUGACAACGACAACAAAGACAUCUGUCGUUGGAAUCCCUUCGGUUGAGCCUACUCUAUCCCCCGCUGAAAAGGCAGAGCAGGAACGUAAACGGAUCGAUUCCGAUCUUCAAAGAUGGCAGAGCAAGUUUGCUGCUGCAGCUGACAAAGGAGUUGAGGAUCUUGAAGCUCGUAUCGAAGAGCUUGUCGGUGCCUUGGUCGCAAAUAGCGCAAAGAGUCAUGGUCGAAGUCUCUCGACGGCACUUGAAACAGUGGCAGCAGAACAGGUUUCAGUCAUCAAGAGUCGUAUCCAUGACCUUGUGCAAACUUUGCCAGAGGAAGAAGCGCUUGAGGCCGAGGAAUCUGCCCGUAGUGAGUUGGUGGAUGUCAUUCGAAGCUCCGCCAUCGCAGUCAGAGACCGCACCCACGCCCUUCGUGAGUGGUCUUUAUCAUUUGAGGACGAACUAUCACGUCGGGUUUCUGCAGCUGUCAACUCAACUCUUGAUGUUCUCGAUAGCAUCCGAGAUCUAGGCUUGCAGGAAAUCGGUGCACGAUGGGCGUGGAUGGAUGGGGUCACCUAUAAAGACUGGACAAAAUACCACGCUUUGAAAGCCCAGCUCGAUGACUGGCGCAACGAAAUCCGAGAGGUGGCCUUGAACCAGAAGUCGGUUGCUGAGGCUAGAGCUGUUGCAACGGAGAUUCUAGACAAUGGUAUGGAGAUAGCCGAAGACACUGCAAAGGAGAUCAUGCGUCUGAGGGACGUUGGCUCCUGGAAGUUUGCCGCCCGCGAAUUGAGCGAUAAUUUCGACACCAGGACCGAAGCUCCCCCACCUCGACGGAAGCUGCAGGUUGAGUUUGAGAGUGACGAGGAUAUCGAACUCGAUGAUUCUUCCAAUGCUCAUGACAACGCUCAUUCUGAUGAGUCCUCUGAGCCGAGCGAUCCAACUCCGGACGAGAUUCAUGAGACGCCUGAAUUAAAUAUUGAAGAUGUCAUUUUGACGCGACGUCAUGUAGUUUCUAUUGAAGACGAUGAAUCUAUCUUAUCUGAUGAGGUUGAUGAAAUUGAGCAUCACAAGCCUGCCACGAGUUAUGCUUGGGGUGUUUCAGCUGCCGAUGCAAACAUUCUACAAGAACCUAUUAUCGAUGAUGAAGAUCACGCUGUUCUCUCUUCCAUCGAGUCAGUCUACUCUGGUGCCGUUCAGUAUGUAACCGAUGAGCUCAGCUCGCAAAUUGAUGCUAUCACAGCUACGCCUACUCCCACCGCGCCUUUAGCCCAGAUUUCGUCGAUUGCCUCCUCACGAUUGAGUGAAGGUCUCAGUCUAGCUUCUGAGAAGCUAGCGCAUAUCCAGCCAAUUGCUACUGAACCGAGCUCCUUUGGCCAGCAGCCGUUCGUGCUCGAUGCACAGAGGCGCUACUACGAGGCAGUCGGUCUCGCCCACGAGCACUAUACCGCCUUUGUGUCCACGGCAUCUAAGGCGGUCUACGGCACCCCAACACCUACCCCAUUUGCUACCAAUGCCCAUAACUUGUUACGUGAAGCCGGGUCUCAAUAUAAUUGGGUUUCCUCUCAGGCCUCUGCCAGUCUAGCUGCAGUCAUCGCCUCUGCCAGCUCUGCUGUCUCGUCCGCUGAUGAUGGGAAGGCUCAGAGUAUCAUCGAUGAUGCUUCAUCUAGGUAUCAUGCUGCUCUCUCUGCGGCCUCUUCGUCUCUCUCCCUGGCAUCUGCCUCGGCUAGUUCGGCUAUAUAUGGCACAACACCUGGACCUUUGGAGGCUCUUUCUAGCCAAGCAUCCGAAAACUGGGAAAACCUUGUUUCAAAAGCUAGUGAACAGAUCUAUGGCACCCCGGAGCCAUAUUUACAGCAGAUCGUUGACUACCAAUACCCCAAAUUUGAGGCCGUCCACGACAUCAUCUCCGAGUUGCUAGUUGGCAAACAGCCCUCUUACACUGAGAGUGUGAUCAGCAAGCUUCGUGCCGCUUAUGAAACCCCAUACCCCGCUUCAGCUGUGUCUUCUGUAUCUAGCCUGGUGCAUGAAGCAUAUGAGACUGCAUCCUCCGUCGCUAAUUCCUACGCUCCAAGUAUCCCCAGCUCAGAUGAUAUCAUUAAAAAUGCAAAUGACCAACUCAACGCCGCUGUUGAGGCAGCCAGUAUCGGAAUAUAUGGCACUCAGAAAGGAUCUUAUGAGAAGGCUACAGAAGCCGUUUCCAGGUCUUAUGCCACUGCCUCGGCUCAUGUUAGCAUUGCCAUGUACGGAAAGGAAUCUAGCUAUAUUGACAUCGCUAAGGAGGCUAUCGAGGACAUUCAGGCCAAGGCCAGCGCUGCUAUCUAUGGUGAAGAACCAGGGGCGAUUGAAAGUGCCACUGGCCGCCUUGCUGUCGCUGUUGAGAACGCCCAAUCUCGAUUGGCGGAUCUUGCCUCCAGCGCAACCAGCGUCGUGUCCGAGGCUGCUGAAACCGCUGUUUCCUACGUGGAAGAUGCGACGAGCAGUAUCAAGGCUGCAGUUUCGGUGGAACAGGAUGAAUUGUAA